CUCCUCCCAGUUGGCUGGGAGUUUUCUAGCAACUGUUGCCCGGUGAGGCAGCGCCAUAGCCACGGUAGUCGUGGCGACUGUAACCCACCAACAACAAGCUCUCGCUUCAUCAUUACCACCUCCUCCACCAUCCUCAUACUCACCCGCCGCUCCACAAGCAGGCGCCAUGCAGACCCCCGAAGCAGGCGCUGACUCCACCUCCACCGUCCCUAUUCAGACCAGCGUGCCUGUCCAGCCGGCCGGUUCAACCCAGCAGCUGCCUGUCCAGCAACAGGUAACGCCUUCACCGUCGCAAAGUCGUUUAACCUCGGAAUCUUUAAUGCCUUUCUCGGCCAUUGCAUUCCAGACGCAGACAGUUCAACAGGUCCAGCAUGUUUACCCAGCGCAGGUGCAGUACGUGGAAGAAAACAGCGGCGUCUACACCAACGGCAACAUAAGAACCUACUCGUACUCGGAGCCGCAGCUAUACAGCCAGAACAGCGGCGGGAGCUACUUUGACACGCAAGGGAGCUCGUCCCAAGUGUCCACGGUGGUCACCGCCCACGGGAUGGCCAAUAACAGCGGCGGCGGGGGGAACGGAGGCAUGAGCAUGGGCCUGGCGGGGGCUCAGGUAAUCGGUAGCGGUUCCGGGGCCUACCUCAUGGACAACGCCGCCGCCCACCCUGCUGCCCAGACUGCACGAGCCUCCCCGGCGACUAUUGAAAUGGCGAUUGAGACGCUCCAAAAAUCGGAGGGUUUAUCCAGUCAGAGAAGCUCGCUGCUCAACAGCCAUCUGCAGUGGCUGCUGGACAACUACGAAACAGCAGAAGGUGUGAGUCUCCCGCGAUCCACCCUCUACAAUCACUACCUGCGCCACUGCCAGGAGCAGAAACUGGACCCGGUCAACGCAGCGUCCUUCGGCAAACUCAUUCGCUCCAUCUUCAUGGGACUCCGCACGAGGCGCCUCGGGACGAGGGGGAACUCCAAAUACCAUUACUAUGGUAUCCGCGUCAAGCCCGACUCCCCGCUCAACAGACUCCAGGAGGACAUGCAGUAUAUGGCUCUCAGGCAGCAACCCGUUCAGCAGAAACAGAGGUUCAAACCAGUGCCCAAGUUUGACACCAGCCCCACAGAGAACUACUCCAGCGGGGGUCAAAACCAGCCAGGGGCAGCAGAGCAGACAGUCAUCGCACAGAGUCAGCACCACCAGCAGUUUUUGGAUGCAUCGCGGGCACUCCCCGACUUUGCGGAGUUGGACCUGGGGCAGAGCAAUCCGGAGAACAUCAGCACUGAGGACGUCAAGGCUCUCCAAUCACUUUACAGGGAGCACUGUGAGGCUAUCCUGGACGUGGUCAUCAACCUGCAGUUUAGUCUCAUUGAAAAGCUUUGGCAAACGUUUUGGCGUUACACUCCGCCCGACACCGUAGAGGGCGCCACUAUAACGGAAAACAGCAGCGUAAGUGAGAUUGAAGCCCGACUCCCGCAGCCGCGGCUGAUGGCGCUGUGCAGACACGAAGCCGUGCUCAAGUGGAUGAGCACCUGCGACCAUCUGAUGUACCAGGCCCUUGUGGAGAUCCUCAUCCCCGAUGUCCUGAGACCCAUUCCCAGUGCCUUGACUCAAGCCAUUCGUAAUUUUGCCAAAAGCCUGGAAAGCUGGCUCAAUAAUGCCAUGAAUGCGAUUCCGCAGAGGAUGAUCCAGACCAAGGUUGCCGCUGUUAGUGCCUUUGCGCAAACCCUACGCAGAUACACAUCUUUGAACCACCUGGCUCAAGCGGCACGCGCCGUGUUGCAAAACACGUCGCAGAUCAACCAGAUGCUAAGCGACCUCAACCGGGUCGACUUUGCCAACGUACAGGAGCAAGCCUCGUGGGUGUGCCAGUGCGAGGAGGGCAUGGUGCAGCACUUGGAGCAGGACUUCAAGGCUACCCUACAGCAGCAAAGCUCCCUGGAGCAGUGGGCGGCCUGGCUGGACAACGUGGUCACGCAAGUACUGAAGCCCUACGAGCAGCGGCCCAGUUUCCCCAAGGCGGCCCGGCAGUUCCUACUCAAGUGGUCCUUCUACAGUUCGAUGGUCAUUCGGGACCUGACCCUGCGCAGUGCCGCAAGCUUUGGUUCUUUCCACCUGAUCCGCCUGCUCUACGACGAGUACAUGUUCUACCUGGUGGAGCAUCGAGUGGCCCAAGCUACCGGAGAGACUCCCAUCGGAGUCAUGGGCGAGUUUGACAGCCUGAACAGCCUGUCGCUUACAAACGUCGAUAAAGAUGAAACGAGCGGCAUGGACAGCGAUUUAGACGAGGAGCCCGAGGAAUCCGGGGAACCUCUGGCCAAACGCGAAAAGUCGGAGCACGAGGUGAUCCAGGUGAUCCAGGUGGGCGCCCUGGAGGACGGAUCCCAUCCGGUAGUUGGCGUGGUCCAGCCCAACAUCCUCCACUCCCUCCCUCAGUCUCCGCGGGACCACAGCGAGCACAUUCUGACCCCCUCGGCCGGCACCCCCACCAUCCGCCACUGCAGCGCUACGGGCAACACCUACGCCUCGGUUUGAUGCCGACAUAUCCGUCAACCGCCACGUUUACAUCUGUCUUUCUGCACUCGAGUCCGACAACGGAUCGAUGCGGUUUUCCCGUAUCCGUUCUGAAUGCUGCGUCCUCCCUCGAGCCUUUUCGUAAUUUGCUAAAGGAGGGGGACCACAUGAAACACAGGGUCUUACGAAAAUCGACUGUCCACUACUGAUGUCUACGAGCUCAAACGAGGCCCACUGUAUAUAGAUUUCCUUCUAAUUAGUACAACCCAAAAAACUCAUGGUGCUAUCAUUGUGGUCUGUUAAACUAGAAGACGUUCUCUCAAUGUUUCCCAAUCUUUUACUGAGCCAGGGCAUAUACAGUACACACUCUGAAAAAAAAAAAAUGUUUGGGAUAUUCAACUUUUUGGGUGAAACUUCAGGAUGAACUUAAAACACUCCCUAACCUGUCUAGGUGAAUUUAAUUUUGAGUAACAUUUUAAUUUAUACAAGUCGCACCCGAGUAUAAGUUGCAGGACCAGCCAAAACUGUCAUUUGCAAUUAUUCUGCCUGACAUUCAGAUAAAAGUUUUGUUUGUUUUUUCAUCCAUAAUUAUCGAAACAUUACCUGAAACUUAAUUUCCCGCGGCACGCUGCGUUUGGGAAUCACUGAGUUAUCGUGACUGACUAUUUUCAGAGGAUUGUAUGUAGCCGUACGUGCGGAGUUUGACCAGCGGUAGCCUUUGUAUCACUAGCUGCAUCGUCAAGAUUUUUCACCCCCAAUGUGAGACGGACCCCCCUCCACGAGGAAUAUGUGCGCUGCUGCUACUCCUGUAAAUAGAAGCGAUACCAUUAGGCCGACCUGGUUGUACAAACCCCAACAUCCUUACCGCUAAACUAUUAUGCACUCGGAACGUAACGUUUGCCUUUGUCCAUGUAAUCAUGAAAUCAGCCUUUUGGACACAUGACCCCCCGCACCCUGACCCCCGUCCGUUCCUCUUUUUAGCAGUUUUCUGUCUCAAUCAAAUCUCUCGCAAAAAGGACCAAAAAAAAAAAAAUGUAAACAAGAGGUAACUGAGGGAGAGCCAAUCGUCGUUGUGCCAUGUCACAGAGCAGAAGGAAUGUCAGGGAUUUACUGUACCUCGGCUUUAUCACAGUGCCUUAUCCUAACAAGCAGCUCUUCUUCGAGUGCACACACACACACCAUCCAGCCAGCCGCUUUUAUUUUUAUUCCCCUACAUUUUAGUUUGGCGCCUCCCUGUCCACAGAGAAGUCUUUUGGAUUUGGGCCGUAUUGACUGAGGGGAUGCCGCCACUUUUGCUUUGGUCCGGAUUAGCCCAGCUAAGCUUUUUAAUUCUCUCAAUCGCAUCACACUGUUUAGCCUUUCGCUCCUAUUCCGGCUCAGUUUGCCAGGCCUGCUCCUGCCCUCCCUCGCUCCUGCUAUCUUUUGGGGUAUAUCACAAGGAUUUGGACAAUUUAAAACGAAAAAUGAUUCCAUUAAUUUGGAUAAUAGAUGACACCUCAACCUCCCGCUGCGCUCUAUCGGCAUUCACCACCUCUCCUCUUGUCCUAACAACUGCUUGUGCUUUUAUUUCUCGCUCCCACUCUGCCUUGUUGUUGUUCUGUUUUUUUUUUUUUUUUUACCCGCGUGUUGUUGGAACACAUCCAUCAGUCACCCUACCUCAAGCCAGUGGUGCCAGCCCCCCCUACACUCCUUUCACACCUGCAGCACUGUCUGUCCAAACCUUAUUGCACACGCUCAAAAAAGAAAAAAAAAAUGUUGCCUACUGUACCGCACAAAACCUGCUUUUUGCUUUCCUCGCACAUUUUCAUUUCCGUUUUUACGCCCAACAAACCCCCUCGGAACCCAAACCCUUCAUCUUUGUACACUACGGACCAAAAGUAGAUAUUUUCUGAUAUUCAAAGAGAUAUAUAAAUAACAUAGAUCGAAAUGUAUAGUCUAUAUAUAAAUAUAUAAAUACAAUGCUUCUACACUACAUAUACGUGUUGCUUUCUGAUUGUGGACGUAGCUGUGUGAAGUGGACUGAAAAGGGAAAAAAUAAAAAGGCACGUGGACUG